AUGGCCAAAGCCUCUGACCAUAUGGAAUGGCCCUUCCUCCGUGGGAUGUUGUUAGCCCUGGGUUUUGAUAGUAGGUGGAUUGAGUUGAUUAUGUUAUGUGUCACUACUGUGUCAUAUAACUUUAUGAUAAAUGGCUCCCGUAGCUCCUCCAUUACGCCCACGCGUGGUCUCCGCCAGGGGGAUCCGUUAUUCCCUUACUUGUUUAUUAUAUGUGCAGAAGGGCUGUCAGUUUUAUUGCAACGAGCGCAGGAUAGAGGAUUAAAACAUGGUUGCAGGGUUGCUAGAGGGGCACCUCCGAUCUCUCACUUAUUUUUUGCAGAUGAUAGCCUACUAUUUUUUAGAGCAAAUAUACAGGAAGCAUCUGAGAUAAAAAAUUGUUUGUUAUUAUAUGAGAGUUUAUCUGGCCAGAAGAAUGAUAGGGAUGUGGUAGCACAAAUACUAGGUGUUACUCAAGCUCCAAACUUUGGGAAAUACCUAGGACUACCCUCCUUUGUGGGCAGGAACAAGAAGGCUGCAUUUGCAUAUAUAGAGGAUAAAAUCAAGCAAAGGAUUGGGUCUUGGAAUAAGAGAUUGUUAACGCAGGCUGGUAAGGAGAUCUUGUUAAAAAGUGUGGCCCAGGCAAUGCCAACUUUUUCAAUGAGUGUCUUCCUAUUACCCGUAUCUAUUUGUACAGCUAUUGAGCGAAUUAUGAAUCGGUACUGGUGGGGGUCAGGAACCGAUCGUGGCAUCCACUGGAAGGCCUGGGAUAAAUUAUGUGUCCCAAAGAAACAUGGUGGUCUGGGGUUUAAAGAUUUAAGGGCAUUUAAUUUGGCAAUGUUAGGUAAGCAGGCCUGGAGACUUCUUACUAACACAGACUCACUGGUAGCCAAGAUUUAUAAAGCCAGAUAUUACCCAAAGGAUACUUUCCUGGAGGCGACUAUAGGAAAUAAUCCAAGUUUUUGCUGGCGCAGUAUUAUGGCGGCUAAGGAUCUAAUAUGUGGAGGUAUAAGAAGGCGAGUUGGGAACGGUAAAUCUACCUUGAUAUGGGAACAUCCCUGGCUGCAGGAUGAACUUGAUCCUAUGAUUCACACAGAAAUGCCACAACACCUGUCUGGGGCCAAAGUGGUAGGAUUAAUUGAUCAGGACACGGAGACCUGGGACCCGCAUAUAUUAGCCGAUAUUUUCCAACCAAGUGAUAUACCUAGAAUCCAAAGGAUACCAGUUGCACCUGAAUAUGAGGAUAUAUGGUAUUGGUAUGAUGAUCCUAAUGGAUGUUACUCGGUCAAGAGUGGUUACAGGCGUAUAGUUGGUAACUAUGUGAAUAAUUCUAAUGGGAUAUUUGAUGAAUGGCUAGCCCUAUGGAAGUUAAACAUUCCACCCAAGUGGAAGACAUUCUUAUGGAGAGCUAUUUGUGAUAUCCUUCCUACUACCAACAACUUGCUUAUAAAGAGAGUGGAGGUUAACCCGAUUGCAAUCUUGAAUGUUCUAGACUUUGAUGGAAUUAUUUAUGCAGCUGCAAUUUUAUACCACUUAUGGAGGGCCCGAAACGGAGCGGUGUGGGAUGCCUGCCUACCAAGACCAACGAAAUUAUUAACAAUUGCAACAGCUACAAUGAGGGCAUGGAAAGCUGUCCACCACCGUGCGCCACAACAACCUGCUCAACACCCCGGAGCUGCUCCUAUUCAUCAUACUGCCGACGUAUCGUUACUGGCUGACGGAACUGCCUCCAAUGCGCUGCCUACUGCCUCCAAUGCGCUGCCUCCACCGCACACUGUCUCGGCCGAACCCCAAGAUGGUGCAGUAACAACGCCGGUGAAAUGUUACAUGGACGCGAGCUACCACCGUGGAACAAAUACAGCUGCUGUUGGGGCGGUCCUCCUCAACGCAAAUGGCCACUAUUUAUCGGCUUUCAGUGCCCCGUUAAUAGGAUGCCACUCCCCGUUAAUGGCCGAGGCUUUUGCAUGCAAAGAAGUAUUAUCAUGA